AUGGAUCCCGCCAGUCAGGCACUAGCUUUAGAAUUGCCUCCCAACGUGCGCAAGAGCAUCUCUGCUCGAGCUAGACAUGUAUCGAAUCGGCCCGCCGGCCCGCCACACAAGAACUGGCCUCAAGACUUCCGCCGCCGUCACCCCGAGAUCAAGUCGAGGAACAACAAAGCAAUGGAUUGGGAGCGCCACGAUAACAACAUAUAUGAUAAAGUCGUACACUGGUUCGAGAUAAUCGAGAAGGAACUUCGUAGACCAGAUGUCUUGCCAGAGAAUGUCUACAAUAUGGAUGAGACAGGAGUCAUGCUGAGCAUGCUUGGCACUGUCAAAGUCCUUGUAGGUAAGGAUGACCGACGAGACUAUAGAGGUGCGGGCGUUAAGCGGACGAUGGUGACCGCCAUCGAAUGCGUGUCAGCAAGUGGUUACAACGACUCCUUUAUUAGCCUUGAGUGGAUAAAGCAAGUAUUCGAUCCCCAGACUAAGGCUCGAGCUAAUCAGAAGCCGCGCCUACUAAUUUGCGAUGGCUUCGGUACGCAUGAAACUCUGGAAGUUCUUGAGUUCUGUUUCGAAAACAACAUUACCUUGUGCAGACUGCCCUCUCAUACCUCUCACAAGCUACAGCCAUGUGAUGUGUCAGUGUUUGGCCCACUAAAGACUGCAUAUCGAGAUCAGGUGGAGCGACUUUACCGUGGAGGCCUGACAAAUAUUAGGAAAGAGCACUUCACUACUAUAUACAGCCCGGCGAGAGAAAAGGCGAUGACUAAGAAGAAUGUACUUGCAGGCUGGGCUAAGGCCGGACUGUUUCCGUUCAAUCCAGCAAGGGUCCUUCGUGAUUUAACAAAGCCAGACGCUCCCCCAACUGUUGCA